GGUUCCUAAUAUUUGAAAAGCCACUAACAAGCAAUUCGCAAAAGUUAUUAGAAAAAGAAGCCAGUGUCAUCUUGAAAGCGUUAACCAUAUUUUAAGGAAGAGACAGAUGCUCUUUUUCAGCCCUCUGAAGCGUUAAACCUGCUGGAGACUAUUGAAAUGUGCUGUCUUCAUGAGGAACAACUGCCCGGAGCACUUUUGGGCAAUCUCAUAUCCAUCUCUGCUUCUUCAUUCUGCUGGAAUUGCUGGCACUACUUCCGUUUGCCAAUUUCAUCCAGGCAAAUUUCUCUAACACUGGGAGGCUGGUGUUUGAGGGGUGCUAUGCGGACACGUGAUGCUUUGGGGGUGCUGUUCCUCAUCCUCCAAGGGAUGGUCGAGGCCAGAGCAAGCCAACCCUGUAGUCCUAAAUUCCUCAGCUCACAUGCAAUGGUGUGUGUUUGCAACGCAACGUAUUGCGACACGGUGGAGCCGGUCUCCCUCCCUGACGUCGGCAACUUUGUCAAGUACACAACCAGCAGGGGCGGCCAACGCUUGGAGCGAAGCCAAGGGCAAAUCGAUGCCAGGCCAGGAGCUUCAGUUGGGAUCCUCUACGCCUACAAUCCCUCCGUUCAGUACCAAUACAUCAAAGGUUUUGGAGGAGCACUCACCGACUCUGCGGCCAUUAACAUCCUGAAUUUGUCUUAUGCAGCCCAAAACCAGCUGCUCCGGUCUUACUUCUCCGAAGAAGGACUUGAGUACAAUUUGAUACGUUUUCCCAUCGGGUGCUCCGACUUUUCCACGCGGCCGUACAGUUACGCUGACCGCUGCGUGGAUGACUUUGAACUCAAGUGUUUUGAGCUGGCCCCCGAAGACACCAAAAUUAGGAUCCCCUUGCUCCAUCGUAUCAUGGCCCAUGCCGAGAGACCCCUCUCCCUGGUCAGCAGCCCUUGGACCAGUCCUGGCUGGCUAAGGGUCAACAACAAGGUUCUAGGCAAAUCCAAGAUAAAGGGAGAACCAGGUGACCGCUAUCACAAGACCUUGGCCAACUACUUUGUCAGGUUCCUAGAUGUGUAUGCCGAAAACAAUAUCACUUUCUGGGCACUCAGCUCUCAGAAUGAACCCAUCACUUCCCUUUUCGUAAGUAGGGAAGACUUCCCGAGCAAUUAUUUUUCACCGCAACAACAACGGGACUUUAUUAUUGAGGACUUGGGCCCUGCCCUCGCCGCCAGCCACCACGCUGACAUUCACCUCAUCAUCCUUGAUGACGGGAGGUGUCACUUGCCAAAUUGGGCCAAACAGGUGUUAGGCAAUAGUACCGCCGCUGCCUUCGUGUCCGGAAUUGGCAUCCAUUGGUACAUGGACUACUUCACCCCACCUGGACCCACUUUAGACAUUACACAUCGCCUCUACCCUGAUUUCUUUCUGCUCUACACAGAAGCUUGCAAUGGUUUCCUAGACUGGGAUGAGAAGGUCAUCCUGGGAAACUGGGAAAGAGGCACCUAUUACAGCAAAAAUAUCCUGAUGAAUCUCAACCACUUCGUCACUGGGUGGAUUGACUGGAACUUGGCUCUGGACAUGGAAGGGGGUCCCAACUGGGUGGACAACCUUGUGGACAGUCCCAUCAUUGUGAACCCCCUUAAGGAUGAGUUCUACAAACAGCCCAUGUUCUAUCACCUGGGACAUUUCAGCAAAUUCAUCCCUGAAGGCUCCGUACGAGUUGCUUUCACCUCCAAAUGUUUGUUUAUCUUCUGUCCGUUGAAGACUUCAGCUUUCCUGCGACCCGAUGGCAUUGCGGUGGUCGUGGUGCUGAAUGACUGGUUUGUCGAUAUUCCUUUUACUAUCUCGGACAAUCAGGUGGGUUACCUUAAGGACUGGGCCAGAGCUUCCUCCAUCCAAACCUACCUGUGGAGGAGGCACCCUUGAGGUCUUGAGACGGGGAAGGAAAUUCUCGCUCAGGAACGGCAGGCCUUGCCGAGAAGAGCCCUUGUGUCACAGCCCACAACUUACACAUUGAAGAAGCCGCUCCCGUUACACCAGACUUGGUUGAUACAACACAGACACCAUCACAACAGCUGGAGCAGUCUAAUGAUGACGCUCAGCCUCCAAUCGCUUGGAUGGUAGAGCGGAGAGCAGAGUGACGAUGCUCAAUGAGGCUCCUUGCCAAGCAAGGCAGUUGCUGUCUGAA